CCAGAGACCAGUGUGCACCGGGCAGCCGUUCGUGGAGGACGUUGCUCAAGUUCUCCCUCCUCCCUUCUCUCGCACGCACGCAUUGCUCGCUCGUACGCGGUUUCGUGUCACGGAACGAACGCCUGGGUAAUUUCGUUUCUAAACUUCGCUCGUCUGAGGAUUUGCUCCAUCAAGGUUACUACAUCGGAACUCAAGACACUGCCAUUUAUUGUGUAGUUCAGAGUGUAAAAAACAAAUGUUAUAAUUAACUUUCCUUGAGUGAAGACUUUACCAAAUAUCUAAAAGUGUGAAUUGAAAUGACCGAAUCUCCCCAAAAGAUCAUCUUCUAGUGAAUAUAUAUAUAUAGCAGCUUCAGCAGAUGCUUGGUUUCCCACAGUUAUCCCUAACUUCCGACUCCUCCACAGAACUUAAGUUUCCCAGAGAAGACCAACAGAAGUUCCACCAGUGAAAUGUCACAUGGAUCUUCUUCCUGUCCAGAAAUACUCACAGAAGAGUCAUCAUCCCAUCUGUGACCUGCAUCAGCUACGUCCUCAGCUUGAGCUGAAACUCUCCUCUCACUACUUUACUAUAUUUUCAAGGGGAUUGAUCACUACCAGUGAUGAGGGUGAACGGCAGUCCAUGGCAUCCCUUUCCUCACUGCAAGAGGAAGCCGAAGGUCAAGAUCAAGCAUUAGUUGUAUGCGCACUGUCCCAACCAUCAAUCUCACCACAUCCAUCCUGUGCCUUUGGGGAGCCCAGAAAAUCCAUUUCAACCUUAGUGACUCCAGAUGGAAGAGAAUGGAAAUGGAUUCAAGUGAAGGUAGAUUUAGGAGAGACAAGAACAACGCGAUCUCGGGUCAAGUCAGAGCCAGUCUGCCCAUCUUGCCUAGUAUCAUUUGAUAUGCUGGAUUUAUCUAAACAUUCACCCAAGGGACCAAAUCUCCUUUUGGACAGAAACCUCAGUGAUUUCCGAAUUAGUAACUGUAGCUACCUGGUAGUGACUGACGACUGUAGAACUUAUAUGCCAAUCAUGUGUAAAGCUAAAGAGGUUAAGCCUGUUCAUGAGGGAUCAGCUCUAAGCAUACUGCCAGCAACAGAAAGUACUGAAAGUGAACUGUCAGGUCUAAAGCUCGGGAAAAUGAACGAUAAAUUGGACAAGCAAUUUGUGGAAUCUAGUGAACUUCCAACUGUUGUGUAUCGAGCCAGUGUUGUGUUAACUAUUACAACUAUGGGGUACAAGAGGAAAGAGGUUACCAAGAAACAAAACAGGACAGGUGAAAGAGUAGCCAGGCAACCCUGCUUACAAAGAGACGGGCCUAUCCAAAAAGUGUCUGACGACUAUAAAUGGAAGCCAUUUACAAAUGAAUUACAGAAAAUAGCCCGAAUGGAAGGACUUCAGACAGUGAAAGAAAUAAAAAGGCAUAACACGCUUCCUUUAACAAGGCUGUGCAUUCCUAUCUGCGAUCAAAGACCUCAGAACAGAAAAUGUAGAGUAGAGUUCAAUAUCUGUAAGACCAAACUGUUUCCAGAUUUUCAAAGCUUGCCUUCCCUCACUGAAAAUAAGCCUACCGCACAGGCAACGCGAAUAGAGUAUGUCCCAAAUGACCACGAAAUCUUAGAAAGCAAGACUUCACUUACUUUCGGACAAUCUCAAAAUGGAGGAAUUCAAACGUUUCUUUCAGAAUCGGCCUCCAGAUCCAAAACGACGAGUUCGGAUCUCAUAAACGCCACCAAAAACGUUGGUGACUUGUGUUCAAGUGACAGAGGAGCAAUGAAAGAGGUCCGUCACAAAUCACCAAGAAAAAGACAAGUUCAAAAGCACUGCAAAAGAGCACUGUGCGACACUCUCAGUGACGAAGCUCAAGUUUUCGUGUCUGUGGAAACGAAGGUGAAUUUCCAGAGACAUGGCGACAGGUCGCUGAGCAAACACGCAUCAGCAAACUGCCUGGAAGGGCGGGGAAACACUCGCUUCAGAGCUGAAAAGUGGGCGUGGAUGAAGUUUGCAGUAGUGGUUUUGUGGGUGGUGGUCACAUUGAACACCGCCCAAGCACUAAAUGGGUGCGAUGCUCUUGGACAUACAGUCGAACCACAAGUGUGUAUCGGAGACCAAAACUUCAGAAACGAUCCCAGGACUCUGGCAAGCUUAUGUAACUGCACAAAGAUUAUAGGAUAUCUAAGCAUCAACCUUAUAACGGACGAAGGAAGCAACGCCCAGGUCCUCAACAGCUUCCGCUUCCUUCACCUACGGGAAAUCACCAAAUACCUUCUGGUGACGAGAGUCAGCCGUCUCACUUCGCUCUCGCACAUGUUCCCAAGUCUCGCUGUUAUCGGAGGAUCCACGCUCCUAUACAACUACGCUCUCGUGAUCUACCGCGUGCAGGAUCUGGAGUACUUAGGGCUGUCCAACCUCACGAUACUACGAGGAGCUGUCAUGAUCAAAAGAAAUCCCAAGCUCUGCUACGUCGACACGGUCGACUGGGGACAGGUCACUAAGAACCCCGUCAUGGAAAACAUAAUCAAGCGCAACAAACAGGACUGUAAGAACUGUACGGCAAAAUGUGGCAAGUCCGAAGUCUAUGGAGAAAAGACGCGUUGCUGGGGACCCGAUCACUGUCAGAAUCAAUGUCAGGAGUGCGAUGCCAACUGCCAGGGCGAGGAGUGUUGUCACGAGGAAUGCGCUGGGGGAUGUUCCUCGCCUCGAAACGCCUCCGCCUGCGUCGCCUGCAAGCACGUCUUCUACAACGGAUCUUGCAUGAAAGAGUGUCCCGUACAUAUGUACAAGAUAUUCGACUGGACCUGCGUCAGCGAGACCGAGUGCCUAAGCAGAAAGAAGACAUCGCUGUGCGACAAAGGUUGCCAGGCUGUGAGGAAGUGCGUCCAGCAAUGCGCGCGUAGCAGUGACGAAUGCACUGAAGAAUGCCUCGAGAAGAACGCGCGAAGGUGCUACAGACACUGCCCGCCUUAUGGGAGGAAAUGCGUCUUCCACUGCCCGACGAAACACGGCGGGAUGGGGAAUGCUUGUCUCUCCAGACGAAAUAGCAGUGCUGAGGAACCAUGUUUCCACGCAAAGGUCACGACCAUUCAGAGCGCCCAGGAACUUCAAUUCUGCACUUCAAUCAGAGGCCUCGAAAUUUCCAUUAAUGAUGGCGACAACAUCGAGGAAGAACUGGCAUACAACCUGAGGAACAUCGAGGUCAUCAAAGAUUACCUCCUGAUCUUCAACACAAACAUCACGUCCACCAACAUCCUGAGGAACCUCCGACUGAUAGAAGGACAAAGGAUGAUCUACAACAAUUACUCGUUGGCUGUGUUGAACAACCUGAACCUGAAUUCCCUGGACCCCUGGUUGGGCCCAAACAAGCUGCUCGUGAAGAACGGGAAGGCGCUCUUCCUGAAGAAUCCUCGCCUGUGCCUCCACCAGGUUGAGGAGCUGGUGCGCUCCGCAAACAUCACGGCCAUUGAUGAGAAGGACAUCUCCGCUACGUCCAACAACAACGGAAUUUCGUGCACAAAGAAGCCGCUGACCGCGCAUGUGUCACCAUCAUCCGAAUACGGAACUCUGAAGGUUCAUAUGGAGACGAAGCUUCCGGAACCGUUUUCACCAACCCUGUAUCGAUAUGCCAUCAAUUAUCGGAUUGCGGAGCAAAACAUCUCCCUGCCUGAACCACCAUGCUUAGCCAUUGAGUGGCUGGUGAUGGAAGGCACAGUGGAAGGCGGGAACAACAUAACAGCGAAGAUCAGGGGUCUGGCACCUGACACCCGAUAUGCGGUCUACGUCAAGACCUACAAUCCACAGUCCCAAGCCCAAUACUCCCAAAUAUCCUACACCCGCACCAGCCCAUUCAACCCAACCCCACCGGUGAAACUCUCCUGGGCUCCCUGGGGUAGAUCAGAACUGAGGAUAUGGUGGGAGCCCCCUAGAGAGUCCAAUGGAAUUUUGGACCACUACAUAGUGUCUGCAACCCUACUACGAAGUCCUCCUCCCGCGCGAAAGAACAUCAACUUCUGCAGGAUAGAAGACAAGGUUCAGCAGGUUACGGAAGCUGCGAGGAACACCAUCCUCAAGAGAAAGGACGAGUGGAAGGUUAAAACGGAAAAGGAGCAACUCGAGAGAGCUGCAGAGGAGGAGAAACGUCAAAACAAGGCAGCUUCUUGCUGCGACUGUGAAGACGCCCAAAAGCGAAUCGCAGCACCACAGGCAUUGGAUGAGAACAACAGAGAUACAGACUUUGAGGAUUAUCUGAUAAGUGAUGUCCGCUGUAAGCAAACUAUCAAGAUCGAAGGCAAACUGCUCUACAAGUGUGGAAGGAUUCCAGAAGAUGAGGUUUCUGGAGACGGUGUUUUCACACAGGAUGAGAAAGAAGACAGAGACAGGAGGAAAGAAAGUGGACAGGAAGAAGGGAGCAGAGACCAACUUCAACCACUGGCACAGCAAGAGUCAGAUGCUGAUACAUUUGAUGGAAACACAAUCGUGGGUUACUACCAGAAGCAUAACCCUGAUGCCAACUACAACAUAAUGGAUACCACAAACAGUUCAUUUGUGACGGUACACACGAAAAACUUGUCAGUGGUCCUGACCGAACUUCUGCCGGAAAACCUCUACUCGAUAAGCGUGGUGGCUUGCCUCACCCCAACUAACUGCACAACUUCCCCGAACACGAAAGGAAAACAUCAAAAAGUUGUUGCCUGCAAGUUAUGUUCCAGUAUACCUGCAAAAACAGCUGCACUCAUUCCAUCCACAAAUCUGGGUACUGCCACCCCAAACCAAUCUCUGAGAGCUGAAUUACAAAAUGGCACCAACAGAGUGAAAGUGUCCUGGCGACCUCCAACAUUGUUCAACGGACAUAUCCUCUACUAUCACAUCGAACUUAACCCACAAGAGAACAGCAGACUCAAGUGUGUGAAUGAGAGAGAUUUUGAGAGGCAGAAACGAGAAGAGUUCUUGCACCUGCCACCGGGAAAUUACUCCAUUUCAGUACGAGCCCGAACACAAGCUGGCUUUGGGCCCAAAUCCAACACCGACGAUGUUUAUGUGCCGGAAACUAACACAAAGGACUACAGCCCCAUCAUCUGGAGCGUGGUGGGCGCCUUCUGCAUCCUGGUGGCAUGCUUAGCAGUCGGAUUCUGGAGGAUCCACAAAUCUAAGUACGACAUUCCAUCAACUCUGGAUCUAGUGGAAGACAACCCAUGCUAUGGAGAAGAGCUUCCAACGCGGGACUUGUUCAGCGACGGCUACCUGCUCCAGCGAAAUGACCUGAGGGUGUUCAAGGACAAGCCCUUGGGCCAAGGGUACUUCAGCAAGGUCCUCUUUGGGGAACUUACACAGAAUGGGACUGUGACCAGAGUUGCCGUCAAGACCCCCAAGGAUCCAGACUCUCCAAAGGAAAUCAUAGCAAGGGCCAGGGAAUUCCUGGAAGAAGCCGUUGUUAUGCAAAACAUCCACUGUCACCACAUCGUCACAUUCCUAGGCGUUGUUGGGGAUUACGUCCCGGUGUACAUUGUCAUGGAACUCAUGCAGGAAGGUGACCUCAAAGACUAUUUAAAAGGAAAGCACCACCCAUUAUCAAUACAGCAAACGCUGAAAUUUGCAGCAGAAGCUGCUGACGGGAUGGCUUACCUGGCCUUCCACAACCUGGUUCACAGGGACCUGGCUGCAAGAAACUGCCUCCUGACUGCAGACCUCACGCUUAAAAUCAGCGACUUUGGCCUUACCAGGAACGUCAAGAAUCAAACGUCGUUAUGUUAUCAUAAAGAAGGAACAGGAAUACUGCCCUUCAGAUCGCUGGCACCGGAGAGCAUGAGGUUCGGUUCCUAUACGACGAAGAGCGAUGUUUGGAGUUACGGUGUUCUCCUCUGGGAAAUCGCUACCAAAGGCGCUACGCCCUUCAAGGGAUGGGAAAUGCAAGACGUUACGUGGUAUAUAGUUAAGGAGAGAAGGACCCUGCCUACGCCCAAGGGGUGUAAACCGUUCCUCAUGAACCUCAUGAAAGAGUGCUGGAGUUACGAACCCACAAGGCGACCUGCCUUCGUCAACAUUGUGGGCUAUCUCCUUAAGCACAUAGAUGGAAAUUUCCUGACUUCUUUCGAGAAAGUGUCGUUCUUUCACUCGAGAAUGUCUGAAGUUAUGAGUGCGUGCCAUGGAUGUGAUCUGGAAGACGACUGGAAACCGCAACCCACAAACCAAGAAAGAGCCAACAUAAGGCCACAGAAUGAGCCACCAGAACCCCAACAAGAAAGUACCACUAACAGAAGAUCUGCCGACCAGUGUGUAGUACAUGCUCAAGUUGAGUGCCUCUUACCCUGUAACGAUCAUCCCCACUGCCCUACUCGAGAGCGCUUCCAUCCACUGGCCGCUUGCCAAAAGAAACAGAAAGAAACCAGUCCAUGUUUAGAAACCAGUACAGACCUUGACGACACCGUCAACGCAAGGACAAAUGCGACCAACUCUACUGAAACGUCUUGGUGUUCAAACCAUAAUAGCGUCAGAGGAGUGCCUGGCACAGCUUUCUGCUGCGAUGGAAGCGACCAUCAGGUCUAUACAGACAUGUCUGUAGGAGAUCUACCUCAAGUCCCUCCAUCUCUCAAACAUUCAAGGUGGCAAUAUAACAGUGAUGAGAGAGCUUGUCUGAUACCAAGUCUCCCGUCAACACCAAGUGAAGAUGACAAAAAAAAGCCUUGGCCUUGCAAACUGCACACAUUGCAGUCAAAUUUCAAGCAACCAUCGCUGCAUUCAGAUUGCCUACCAGUUUGCCAAUCUCAGUCUAAAUACACUGGAUUUUCUGUCCCAAAAACCAAUAUUCUACUUCAGCCCUUUCCAAUACCAUCCAGUACUGCUCUACCAUGCCAGGAAAGCUCAAGCGAGCAGGUCUCUACGUCAGAUCUCACUCCUUUAAACCACAGAGCAAUGAUGAGUGCGCCUCCUACUCCUUCAAGUACACCUUUCAGUAUCAACGCUCCUCACGUAUCUAGCAAGAAGAGGCUACCCCAGGUCCAGUCAUCUUAUGCUUUGUUAUCCUUAACCAACAGAUGUGACACUCGCAAUUCCACAGGCAACAGACUGGGACACUUAGAUGCUUUUAAUCUAAAUGCUAGUACACCAUCUCUGCCUCUGAGAGACCAAGGUUCCUCUGUCAAUAAUGCUACUGCAGCUCAUUCAAGAUCUCCAGCCAAAUCAUUGCCAAAGACUGGUGCCACACCAUCACCUACCUCUACUGUAUUAGAAUUUACUGGAAAUACCAGAAUACCCCCGCCUACCUCGGCUUCAAGGCCUCUUACAGCACAUCUAACAUUGCCUCCUAAACUCUCUGCACCUUAUAUAAAUCCCCAGGAAACUGCAGCAUUUUCUAAUCCCCCAAAGAGGAGGAUGCCUCUCACGGAGUCCCCUAGCCGUAGAAAUUCUCUGGAGUUUGCCUCCUCUGUGUCAGGUCAAGUAGAAGCUGCUCUUCCAGUGUCUCUCCCCCUCCCCACCAUCGAGUCACCUCCUACCUCCACCAUCACACCAACGCCGCCGCCUUUUCAGCAGAAGCAGCAACUCUUGAACGUUCCGCCUUCAGCAUCGCCCCUUCCAAAGAAGAUUAUUUCUUCAGUGCUACAAAGUGACCUUCCCUCUGGCCAAAGCAACAGCAGCAGCGCCCGCCAGUCCUCCUCCUCCGUCAGCAAGGAGAACCUGACGGAACUGGAACUGAUGUGACUCGGGCCAGUAUCGUCAUCUCUUGGUGUCUUAGAUGAGAUGGCUGUUUUCAUGCUUCUCUCGGUGUAGUAGUCGUCGAUGAAGUGCUUUGAAUCCUCUUGCCAAUGCACCCAUCCAGAUUGUGUGUGUGUGUGUGUGUGUGUGUAUCGCCAAUAAUGCACACACAAACAUUAAUACAACAUUCCUAAGGUUUCACUUGAAUCAAUUAACACUUAAAAAAAUGUAAUUCAAUUAAAUAUUACACCACCCCUGCCAUUACAAGACAAUAUUCUCUGACAUGAUCAAGUCACAACAUAAGCCCUAACAUUUAUGCGCAGCAAUUCUACGUAUAAUCUACAUCCUUAUGCAUGAAAAAAGGUGGAACUUUCUAAACCUACUGUGAAUUAUCAGGAACUACCAUAACUGAAAUAUUUACCUAAUCUAAUUAAACUAGAGGGGUAGCCAAAUUGUAGCUAUGCAAACAGAACGACGAACUAUGGGGGAAUUUUCCACACAUCAAAGCGGAAAUGGGACAGAUUUCUAAAAUCAAAAGAAAAAUCAACAAAUUACUGAUAAAUAUAAAGGAAACUUUACACUUUUCCUAAAGUAAGAUAUUCUAACAAAUAUUAAAAAAACUACUGAGAAGAAAUCCAGCCGUUUUCUUUGAGUAAGAUCCAAUUAAAAAUUCAUUCAUAUAUCAGGAUAAAAUUUUAAAAUUUUCUUAAAUUUGAAAUGUACUCAUAAAAACAUAUUUGCCAUGGAAAAUUUUUAAAAAAUAUAUCAUCCUUAAAUUAACCAGAUUUAAUCUAUCGUUCCUUGUCUUAUUGAAGGAACUGACAGCUAUACUGAUACAUUUAUAAGAGGGAAUCCAGAAAAUGUAGUAAGAACUAAAAAUUUACCUAGACAUUACGAGGGAAUUCAACAAUUUGUCCAAUGUAUAUCAAGACGAAUUUCACGAAGCCUCAACAGACCGAGAAGAAUUCAGCAUUACACAAAAGCUAAUCAGUCUCGUUCCUAAAUUAUGAGGAAACUCAACAAAGAGAUCGAGAUAUAUGUAAAGAAGGGAUUAACCAAACUUUUCAUAAAAUAUCAUGGAACUUUGACACAUUCGUCCAUAAAGUGAAUCCGUCAAAUUUCCCCCAAAUUUUUUAGGGUUAUUAAGUAAGCCAAUCUUUCAUAAUAAAGAGAUCACAACACGCUUAUCUAAAACCAUAGUAAGGAAACCAACAGCCUUAACCUUUCAAUAUUUGCUGCUGUAUAUGGAUUAAUCAGUUAGGAUGUGAAAAAUAAAAAUAAACUAUAUUUGCAUAGUUCCGCAGCAGGACCACAUCAUAACGAUUAUGAACCAGAAUACAAAUCAAUCAUGAAUAACAAAACGAUACAGUUAUUCUAACACGGCGUGAUCCGACCCUCCAGCCUACUCAGGGCUAAAUUCUACGGUCAAACAGAGCGUCAUUUCGCCAACGAAAAUUAAAAUAAAUACGCUAUAUUUUAUUAGAAAUACCAAUGUUCUGUACUGUUUAACAUGCACAUUAUUGAUUUUUUCACAUUUCCAUUCUAAUAAAUAAAUCAUAAAUAUCCUAUCCUAAAAUUCCUUUAUCUUUAACUCAAUGCAAAACAACUCUUUCAGACCUUUUUAGGCUUUUCCAUAGACCUUUCCUACAACACCCCCCCCCCCCCCAACC